CCAAAGCAGGAGCGUCCAGUGACCAAGCCAUGACUGGCAGCCACACAGUCAUAUAGCAGUUUUGGUUUUAGCACUUGGAUUUUCUGCUUGUUGGAUCAAUAUAUUUGUUGUUAUUCUUGGUUUUGUAGCCUGCUGGGGAUAGAGCAGACAGGACCUCUGUCACUGCAUCCUGGAACAUGGAACAAGUCCAGAAGGUGCAGAAGAAGACAAGCACCAUGUCUCUGACCAUCUCCUCCUCCUCUGCUGCUGCAUCCUCCACUCGUGAGCUCUCCUCCUCCACUCUCCUCAGUCAGAGACACUCCAGCCUGGUGCAGCCGCUGUGUGUCAGCCCUCAGAGGACUCAGAGUCCCAUCUACAACCAGCAGCACUCAGGCAGCGGAGUCGCUCCCACAUUUGUUAAGUGUCUCCACGACGUGUCUACGGUGAAGGGUCAGCUGGUGGUCCUGGAGUGCAGACUGAGGGGGACUCCGCCCCUGCAGGUUAUGUGGUACAGAGAGGAUGAGCAAAUACUGGACUCCGAUGAUUUUAGGAUACUCCGCAAGAAGGCCAGUUCUGCAUCAGUGCCGGAGGAGCUGUGUACGCUGGUGAUCACCGAGGCCUUUCCUGAAGACUCGGGCCUGUUUAAGUGUGUGGUCCACAACGCCUUCGGCACUGUCUCCUGCUCAGCCAUGCUGGAAGUUUAUGACGACCUGGACGAGCAGUUGGAGGCCGAGGCCAUUCAUCAGGAAGCUGUUUCUAUCAGGCAAGAUAAAGAGGCCAUGUCCCAACAAGAGACUUUGUCCUUCAGAGCAAGCAGCGGAGACUUUCCUCCAGGGCUGUCAGACAGUAUCAACCUCCCUCCUCCUGAGUGGCCUGACAGCGCUGUAGAAGAUGACAUCCCUGUUGCAGAUUUCCCUGAGCCUCAGCUGGCCAACCAGUACUCUGAAGAAAUCUUUGGGCGGAGCGAGGACGAGAUCGCCCUGAGCUCAGAGGGCCAGAGAUCCCCAGAGGUUACCGCCCAAACUUGUACGUCUAGCCCAACCCCACCACCCUCACCCUCACCACCGGCAGAAGUCAAGGAGAAAGCCCAGGCGCCCAAGCUGUUCACCCCAAGCAAACUCAGUUUCACAUCCUCCCAGUCAGGAGGCAACAGCAUGAACCUGUCCGACCUGCCUACGUUCACUCCCAGCACGUUCCCUCCCAGCGCCUUCAACUAUGAGCGACCGAGGCAUUUUAUUCAGUCUCAGCCGGCCUUCCAGGCACCCAGCUACGACAGCGUGCUGAAGGAAGCCCAGGAAAACCAAAACAACUCCCAGCAGAACCUCAGCAGUGCCCAGAAAAGUCCAAAUGUCCUGGAGACACAGAGUCAAACUAAAGCCAUGUCCACACAAAGUCAGUCAUUUUCUCAGUCCGCGUCAAAGUCCUUGUCAGAGACCCAGUCACAGUUUCAGUCACUGAGCCUCAGUCAGAACCAAUACCAGUCCGCCGCACCGCCACAGAUCCACAUCCAGGCCAACGGAACAGCCAAGAGUUCUCCGUCUUCAUCCAGCCUCAGCUCCCCUGUCUCCACCCCGGCUUCCUCUGCUGCACCUGCUCUUUCCUCCGCCGGCCCUAUGCUCAGUCACUCUCCCACCUCCUUCUCAUCUUUCCCAUCCUCAUCUCUCCCCCGCACCACCAUGCGCUCCACCAUCACCCUCACCCCUAGCGUCCCCAGUGCUACUGGCCUUGGCAGCGCCACCUUACCUGCUAACCAGGACAGCAUGUCAGCCUCUGCUGCUUACCUCUGCUCAGUGUUACCCUCCCAGUCCUCCUCCAAACUGUCUCCUAACACCAACCGUCCCCUCUCCUCCACCUCCCCCUCCCGCUCCCCACUCGCACCCUCGAGCCCUCUCCUCCCUAUGAGAACCUCCUCUUCUUCAUCUGCUCUCCCUCAACAACCUCCGCCAGUGUCUCCUUCCCUCCCACGCUCCCCUCUCUCUUCUUCCUCCUCACCCUCCUGUGUCCCACAGCAGCCUUUCACUCCCAGCACCCAGAACAGUGUACAGCCUGCUGUGGUCUCCUUACCUGCCAGCUAUAAGGGGACGCCAAGCACCCUUCCCAAACCCAUACUGAAGAAGGCCAUAGCUCCUCGACCGUCCUCCGCCCGCUCCACAGAUGAAGACAUUCAAGGUUCCAAAGACGCUUUGAUUCAGGAUCUGGAAAAGAAGCUUCGCUCAAAGGAAGCCAGGAGGAGAAACAGCCAGAAGCUGUCUUACGAGGAGCGCAUGGCUCGUAGGCUGUUGGGUCCAGACAACACUACCUACAUGUUUGACCAAGACAAUCUUUCAGACUCACAACUCUACCAGCCAGAUUCACCAGAAGGAAGACACACGGGUGGACUAUGGGGGAGGCACCACUCGCGCACAGAUGAGAGGGGUAACGAAGGAUCGGCUAUCCAGGAGAAAUGUUACGCACCUCGCUUCCUGCAGGUCCCCCCAGACCUCACGGUGGAGGAGGGGCGCUUCUGUAGGAUUGACUUCAAGGUGGGAGGCCUCCCAACACCCGAUGUCUCCUGGUAUCUGGACGGUAAAGCCAUUCGUCCAGAUGACUACCAUAAGAUGCUGGUGUGUGAGAAAGGGAUGCACUCAUUCAUCAUAGAGAUUGUGACGGUGCAUCAUGCUGGUGUGUACGAGUGUGUGGCCAGGAACCGAGCCGGGGAGAGCAGAUUUACCAUGAGGCUCAAUGUAAUAGCUCAGGAAGCGCUCCGUCCUCCUACCUUUGUCCAGAAGAUGGUGAACUCCAGAGCUCUAGAGGGCGACACGAUCAGGUUAGAGUGCAAAGUGGAUGCUUCCCCUCCACCGCAGCUUUUCUGGAAGAAGGAUAAAGACAUGCUGCGCAUUGACCCCAACAGAAUGAGUCUGUACCAGGACGGGUCAGGCCGCCAGUGCUUGUUGAUAGAGAGGGUGAUGAAGUCAGAUGCUGGCUGGUACACUCUGUCUGCCAUUAACGAAGCUGGCAUGUCCACAUGCAACGCCAGGCUGGAUGUAGGAACCCGCACAACUCCGGCCAUGAAGACUGCUCCUGCUGGCUCCAAGACUCUGAAGCUGCUGUCCUCUCUGAGCCACGUCCCUGCUCUGUCAGUGGAGAGCCCCGCCCAGCACACGGCGCCGUUGUACGAGAGCGAAGAGCUGUAGACCCACACGCUCCCGCCCUCCACUAACCACCAUGUCAGAACUGUAAAGAGAGGAGCCUCUGACUGUCGCGUCAGGGCCGAAACAUGAGUGCAGACUAAUAAUCAUCGCAGCGCGCACAACUCACAGUAGUAACACAUUCACUAAGUUUCAUGCAACAGCAAAGCACAUCUGCCAUCUUUACAACACUUGGGUAAAAUGAUUAUGAUGCAGCAUUGGAGACUUUUUACUUUGAGAAAACUGGGAGAGUUUAGGACUUGUUCUCGUCCAUGUGCUGCUGUUUGUCACACUGUUUCUGCCCGUCUGUCUGUCUGUCUGCUUUUUUUCUCUCCGUCUCUUCAUGUGCCCGUCCUGGCUGCUCUCAGCAGAAUGUGGCUCCUCGGUCAUGGAUGUAUUAAUAGAGCUGGGUAUGUUGUGGCACAGGCUGCCCUGCUGUCAGGUUUGGUCCCAGUGGGCAGCCACAUUACUGCAACACAAUCUCCUCCAGUCCAGAAACCAUUUUCAAAACGCACAUUUCAAGCAAUGAUGACAGGACACAGGCCAUAUGUUACUAUGUACUGAAUAUUUAAAAGGUUCUUUAACAUUUGCACAUUUUAAGUUUUUUCCCAUGUCUUAUUGUAAAAUCUGUGAUUGGAGCAGGCCGAGUCAGACAAACUGGGUGCUGCUGCACGGAGGAGGACAAACAUCCUCUGCACAGCAGUGCAUGUGUUGCAGUGCACCCGUCAGAUAAACUCCUCUAUGGUAGAGAGUAAAAAACAGAACCAAGUCUUCCCACAAUCCCACACUGUCUCUACAUAUCACACUCACUCCACUUUAAUCCUGACAGCUGUCUGCUUAUCACUCUGUCCAUCCAUCCAUGUUCUUAACCACUUAUCCAACUUGGGGUUGCGGGGGGGCUGGAACCUAUCCCAGCCGUCACAGGAACAGACAAUAAAAAAAAAAGAUGGACGUAGCCACUGUGACGUCGCUAAUUAGCGAAGUCCCCUCUGAAGCCUCGAGCCGUUUCCGUCUUUGGUGUUUUGAAACAGGAUGUGGUAGGGGAGGGGCGACUCGGACUGUGAAACUGAGAACACCACAUGCUUGUGAUUGGCGCGUCAUUAGCCAAUGAGAAUAUCCUGGACAUUCCUCCUUUCUGGCUCUAAUAAUAACCGUAAUUCCAUUAUUCAGUGUAACCUGAAACUAAUCACUGAGUCAUCAGGAAAGUGUUUAUAGAGGUCACACAAGAAGAAAGCCUAGGGCUAUUUUCCCCCAUAGCUUCUAUACAAUCAAGUCUUUUUGUAACCACCGUUGCCCCCUGCUGUCCAUUUAACAACAAUGCAGCUUCAAAGCAAAGCGUUGGCUCCACUUUUUAGACCUGCUUAAAGUUACGUCCAUCUUUUCUGUGCUGUCACAGGGUGAGAGGUGGGGACGCCGUGGACAGGUUGCCAGUGAGGAGAAAGAGUUCUGUACUCGUGAAUUACUGCUAAGGAUCAUUUUGUGUGUCCUUGAAUUAACGCUGCCUGUGGUGUGUCUGUAACGCUUUUUAAAUGAUCAGAUUCUCUGCUGUUGUAUGAAUUUAAUCGGGUUGAAAUGUUCUGAUACAGUUUAUGUGACUGAAGCUAUUUAUCAGUGUUGAGACUUUGUUUAGCAGCAAAAGGCUGCAAACAUGAACAGGCUGCCAUCCUGAUACCUGAACCCAAAACGUGCUCUGAACUUUAAACGUUUACACUUGGUCACAUCUGCAGUGCAGAUACGUUUGAACUCCAGACAGAAAAUGUUUUUUCCUGUUAAGCGUACAGGCGGGUAUCAGCAUGUCAGCCUCAGUCUCUCUUUUGGUGACUUUAUCCAAAUGGAUUCAUCAGAUAUGCUUAAUUUGCGUGCUUACAUUGAAACUGCUUGCUGUUACCAGCCUGGAGCUCACGUCACAAAAACCAAGAUAGAAACGUGUAUUCUGUGGCCAUGAAAAUCUGGCGUUGACCCCUGUGUGGCCACAGCCUCGCUGUGACGGUUGUUUGCCGAGGUCUGGAUAAACUACAUUUUCUGCCUUAAGUGUAGUCCCAGGUGUUACAAUACGUAGUGGGACUAACUUUACACCAGUGACCUGUACUGGUCUAAUCCACUGGUCUAGCUAGUUGAUCUUCAGUUGGUCACUAAGACAUGCGGCUCAAAUGGGGUUAAACUUUUAUAAAGCACAGGACUAAGUUAUAAUUCAGAGAUUUUAAACUGCAGUGUGUACUCUCCUGUACUGUUUGUUGUGAGAAGAACUUCUACAUAUCACUGGAUGAAUGAGGAAUAAAGUCUACA